AUGUCUCAGUCAUCCAAAUUCCCCUCUUCCAAGACUACAUCUAACUCAGACCCAAGAACUCCAAAUAUAAACCCUAAUGAAGUGCUUGCUGUUGCUCCCCUGAGAAUGGUGUCCACUGAAGAUCUUCAAGUGAAGAAGCCUCGCUCUCCACAUGCAAGAAGACCAAAAGAAGUUGUACGUGGUAAGUCCUAUAACCCCUCAUCGUCUAUUGAUCUUGAGAACCUGACAAAGGAAGGAUCACAGUACACUCACCAGGCUAUUGCACAAAUAGUCACUAGAGUCUUGGAUGAACAGCGUCAAGUUCUUGGAAUUUCUGUACCUCUACAAAUUGCUAACCCUGACUCCACUCAGAACCCUAACACAAAUGAUAAGGUUAAUGAGAAGAAUGAUGAUGAAGCUGUUGAUGUUGCUCAAAAUGUCAUUGACAACACUAAGAAUCUUGAUGUCCAAGGAAAUGAUGUAGCUGCUGAUGCUACUCAGGAUGUCACUGACAAAAAUGAGAAUGAUCCUAAUGAUGAUUCAGGUAAUAAUGUUGUGGAUCUUGAUGAUAUAUCUAAUGGUGAACUGAUUGCCAAUGUAAAUCCCAGCAUAGCAAAAAGGCUCAUGACCAGGAAAGGUAAGAAAAUAGCUGAUCAGAGUCCUCCCAAGAGGAGAGUUCCAAAGACUACCUCAACUGGACCCAUCAGGAGUAAAGCUGGUUCCAAAGAUAAUUCCACCGGUCCCAGUAAAAUGGAUGUUCAAGACAUUCCACUAAAGAAGAAGCCUACUUCCAGCAAGCUUGCUGCGAAAGUCCCUAAUGUGCCCAUAGUAAAUAUUUCCUUCCAUUCCACUUCAAGUGUCAACAGGUGGAAAUAUGUCCACCAAAAGAGACUGGCCCUUGAGAGAGAAUUAGCUCAGAAUGCUCUUGAUUGCAAAGAUAUAAUGGAACUGAUUCAUGCUGCUGGGUUGAUGAAGACUGUUACUCACUUUGCCACAUGCUAUGAAAUGCUGGUGAAAGAAUUCAGUGUGAACCUCUUAGAAGAAUAUGCUGAUAGGAAUUCUAAGGAAUAUAGGAAAGUGUAUGUGAGGGGCAGGUGUGUUACCUUUUCUUCCACUGUGAUUAAUAACUAUUUGGGGAGGUCUGAUGACGCUCAACCUGAGCUGGAAGUCUCUAAUAACAAGGUAUGCCAAGUCAUCACUGCCAACCAAGUCAAGAGUUGGCCUUUAAAAGGAAAGUUGUCUGCCAGCAAGCUAAGCAUGAGGUAUGCCAUGUUGCACAAAAUUGGUGCUGCAAAUUGGGUGCCUACCAAUCAUAAGUCUACCAUUGCUAUUGUCUUAGGAAGAUUUAUCUAUACCGUGGGAACAAAAGCCAAAUUUGAUUAUGGUACUUACAUAUUUGAGCAGACUAUGAAGCAUGCAGGAAGCCUCAGUAUAAAAGGUCCGAUAGCUUUUCCAUCCCUCAUAUGUGGCAUUAUUCUGAAUUAG